AUGUUCAAACCUACAUCAGUAUGUUACAGUGCGUUGACCAAACGUACAAAAAAAGUAAGAGUACAAGUACUCAGAGAUUUCCCUAGAUUUCAACUAUAUAAAGGACAAGUGACACAAGUGAAACCUUCUUUGAUGAGAAAUUAUUUACAUAAUUUCAAUGGUGCAAAAUAUAUAAUGGAAGAUACUGAUAUUAAUACAAUAUUAUUCGAAAGAUAUUCUGUUCAAGAACAAGAAAGAGAAAAAGAAGCAACUGCAUUGGCUGCUGCACAUCAAGCUGCUAUGAUUAAUGCAGCUACGAAUAAUAGCGCAACCUCUGGUAAUAAACCUAAAUUGUCACAGGAGAUGAAGAAUCAAGAAAAGAAAAAGAUAACUCAUAAUAAGGAUGUCACAAUAAAGGAUGUGUACAUCCCAGGUCUAGACAUAUAG